UAAGGUUAAAGUUGCAUUACAUCAUCCUACGUAUUCCUGCCUUUCCGCGUUUUGCUCUCUCCCACCACCUUUCCUUAGUCAAACUCCUAAAAAAACAAGAAACUAACGCUUAGUACGCGUAAGAACAGACUAACAUAAGCAGCUACUGUGUCGAAUUCCUACUCGAGUUGGUAAUUUUUGCUUAUUUUUUCUGUUUAAAGUUUUUUGUGAAGGAGUCUUCGGUUUGGAAACUUUCAGAUGAAAUUUAGUCAUAGCUUAAAAUUCAAUUCUGUUCCAGAAUGGGCAGAAAGUUAUAUUGCUUAUUCGAAUCUUAAAAAGCUAAUCUAUACGCUCGAACAUGAGCAGAUUCAGCGGAUUCAGGAAGCUGCACCAAAUGAGCAAACCGCCUUACUGACACGCGACAUCGAUGAAAUCAACGAUGUCUUCCGUACCACUCUUGACAAGGAGCUUGAACGUGUCGUUGAGUUUUAUUCAACGAAAGAAAGUGAAGUGUUCCAAGAAUUUGACCACACUUUACGCGACUUUGACAAGUAUCAAUCCGAAAUUCAAAACCAAACGGUGCAUGAAUAUCAUCACAAAGACGCUCGUCGUCCACGGCGCGCGAGUACUCAGACCGUGCGUAGCCAAGACUUGCCAAGUCGAAUGUUUGCGGCAACAGAUUCGCCAAACCUGCAGAUUGUUGGUUCGGUGGAUGACAUGAAUUUGCCCGCAGUUGGUUUACACAAUCACACAAAGCGGUCCGCUAGAGAAACACUUGAUGAGGCCGAUGAAGAAGAAGAUGACGACGACGACGACGAUGAUGAUGAUGAAGACGAAGAUGAAGAGAACGGCAAUAGUCAUUUGCUGGUUGUCGAAGAAUUCCCUGCUGACCUCAUUGCGUACGAGUUCUUCGUCUCCAUUAAGCGCAGACUGAUUCAAGUGUACGUUACCUUACAUGACUUAAUUUCAUACGUGCAACUUAAUCACACGGGUUUCUCAAAGAUCCUAAAAAAAUAUGACAAAACAAUUGGAACCGAACUUCGUCCAUCUUACAUGGCGACAGUUGACGAGACACGGCCAUUUACCACCGAUUCUCGUGAUGGCUUGAGCGAUCGCAUCAACAAGAUCGCGAGCCUGUAUGCUGAACUUUGUUGUCAGAACGAUGUCCUCGCCGCAUUGAAGAAGUUGCGCAGUUACUUGAGAGAACAUGUUGCAUGGGAGCGUAAUACGGUUUGGCGUGAAAUGAUUGCUAUGGAGCGUCGAACCGAGGCUGCUAAAAUGCAAAACCGGGGGCAGCUUCAGGCGACCCAAGUUGAAGAGAUUAAAGUACCUCCCGUUGUUUUACGUACAAAACUUGGAACCGUCUUCCUUCCUAGUUGGCUGCUCAGUAAGAACGCGUUUUUGCUGCUGAUGUUUUUUUCCAUGUUCGCUGCAUUGCUUUAUUUCCCCGUAAUUGGUAAUCCCGAAACCAACAAUUGUUUAGCUCUCCUUCUUCUUGUUUCAUUAAUGUGGGCUACGGAGGUCAUUCCUCUGUUUGUUACUGCUCUUCUUGUUCCCUUUCUGACUGUGUUUCUUCGUAUCCUCAAAGACGACGACGGUUCUCGUUUGUCAGGCAAAGACUCUGCUCGAGUUAUCUUUGCUUCUAUGUGGAAUCCUACAAUUGUUUUGCUUCUUGGUGGUUUUACACUGGCUGCCGCACUCAGCAAAUACCAUAUUGCAAAGCGCAUGGCUACGGCUAUUCUCUCUCGCGUUGGUCGGAAGCCCCGGAAUGUACUGCUCAUGAAUAUGUUUGUAGCCAUGGGAGCAAGCAUGUGGAUUAGCAACGUUGCCGCUCCAGUGCUUUGUUUCUCUAUAACACAACCUGUUUUGCGCAAUCUCCCACCUGAAUCGAACUUUGCGAAAGUUUUAAUUUUGGGAAUUGCCCUCGCGUCCAAUAUCGGUGGUAUGGCGUCUCCAAUCGCGUCUCCGCAAAACAUUGUCGCCUUGCAAAACAUGGAUCCGGCUCCGGGUUGGGGACAGUGGUUUGCUGUUUCAUUGCCGGUUUGCACGAUUUGUGUUCUGGGCGUGUGGUUUUUGCUUGCCUUCGUGCUUUUCAAGCAAGAACAUCUUGUUUUGGCUGCCGUUCGUCAAACCCGUGACAAGUUCACACGCACACAGUCAUUCAUCGUUGGCGUUACCUGCGUCACUAUCAUUUUAUGGUGUCUUGAGCGUCGUUUCGACGACGUGUUUGGUGACAUGGGUGUCAUUGCACUGCUUCCCAUCCUUGUGUUCUUCGGUACUGGUCUGCUUACGAAGGAAGAUUUCAAUAACUUUUUGUGGACAGUUAUCGUACUUGGCAUGGGUGGUGUUGCUUUAGGAAAGGCUGUCUCCUCCUCGGGAUUGCUUGAAUUAAUUGCCACGGAGAUUGGCAAACAAAUCCAAACUAUGGGUACAUAUACGGUCUUGCUUGUCUUCUCCGGUCUUACUAUUGUGGUUGCAACUUUCGUCUCGCACAUGGUUGCAGCGAUGAUUGUCCUGCCCAUUAUUUACGAAGUUGGCAGUCGUCUUGAGGAUCCCCAUCCAAGACUUUUCGUCAUGGCUGCUGGACUCAUGUGUUCAAUUGCAAUGGCUCUUCCCACUAGUGGUUUCCCCAACAUGACGGCUAUCAUGAUGGAAAACGAGGUGGGUGAACGGUACCUUUCUGUGAAAGAUUUCUUACGCGCUGGUAUACCUGCGACAGUGCUGUCUUUCUUCGUUGUUGUUACCGUUGGCGCUCUAAUUAUGCAUAUUCUUGGCUUUUAAGAACGUUUCCAGUGAGGAAGAACCGAGUGCGUAUUCUUCCAUUAUAUAUAGACGGUGUUUGAUCUAGUGCAGCAUGGGGCUUUUUGGCUGUCGCAUCUUAACAAAGUCCAUAUUUUAAGGACAUUGUUAACUCAUUGCCGUCUGCGACUUCGUGCACUGCGUCACAUUGCCUGCCACAUACAUCUCCUGCAAUUUACUUUUCCCAUUUCAUCAACUGUGUUUAUUCAUUUCCUUUCCUACUUAACGCGCUUAUCCUGCACCGCGUUACAUACAAGCGGACAAAGAUUUGUGCACACCCCUUUGAAUCCCGUACAACUUUACACACUCAUUGUAUUCGUGUACACGAGCAAUGGUAUUGCGAAUGGGUUUAUUAGGCAACCAAGGACUUUUCCGUCCGCGUUUUCGCUUAUUUCAACAGCGGUGGAACACAAACAGCGCUGGUGGUUCACCUAGAGAACCAUCGCCACAUGUUAUGUACUACCGAAACUUUGCUCGGCCUAUCGCCAAGGUCGUGCUAUUCUCACUGGUUUCUUACUACGGACUUCACUUAUUAUGGUGGCAGAUGGACCGGCGAGAACAACAGGACAUUCGGCAGCAACGAGUGGAUGAAUUGGAACACGUUUUACAUCAGAAAUACGAUGCCCAGGGUGGAAAAGACAGUACGGCACGUCCUUAAUUUCCCGCACCAGUUCACGCACAUUGCUUCCCUUUCCCAUUUAUUAGUACUUUCUUCCAGUAGACCCUGUAUUUUCUUGUUUCUUUUUUCGUACGGUACAGCUUCAUUUUUAAUUAGAUGAAAAUGUCCAAUAUUAACUCUAUAGUACGGAAGACGGAAUAGCGAUUGGAAGGCAUACGAGUUGGUCAGCAACGAGAUCCCAAGGUAAGCGUAAUUGUUGUUUGAAAGUAACAAAAAAUGCACUGAGCGGUAUUUCUCAUCCAAGUGAAACAUGAGUUAUGAACAAACCAGACGCAAAUCAUACAGACAUAAGUAAUACUUCGAUCAACAACUUUGCAUUUUUCAACUGCAUUUUAGUUAUUUGUUAUUUCACUGGGAGAGUAAUAAUUUACUCUUCGUCAAUGAUUUCCUCCUCAAGCUUGAUGCCCUCCUUGGCAAGGUCAUCAAUCAAAGGUUGGCACAUGGCCAUGUCAUUAGGGGCAAGAACACCAGGAGUGUUGAUGACACCGUCCAAAAUUUGUUGAGAAGCAACACCACAGGGGAUACCAACCAAACGGGCCAUAGAGGUGUAGCCGUCAGGGUGGCCGUAGUCCAAGAUGGUGCAAGUACGAGUUUGCUUCUUGCCCUCCUUGGUCUCAAUCUCGAACUUGUGUUGCAAGAUAAGCAUGUCACGCUCUCCCUCACCGAAUUGCAUAAGCUCUUCGAGAGUGGCACAGAGAGUGUCAAGAGGGUUGCCACGGGGAGUGACGGGCUUGGCAGAGAACAUGUGAAGCCACUUGAGACCGUUGAUGAUACGCUUCUUGUCAUCCUCGUCCUUGAAAGUGUGCUUGGCAACAAUAGUCUUGACCAAAUCGGCCUCAGAGGAAGAGGGAGCGCCAAUGACCUUGGCAACAACCUCCUUCCAGGGCAUACCGGGCUCACUGGGGUUCAAGAAGUCACGAGGAGUGUCAUCCAAGAAACCCAUGUCCACAAGGCAGUGGACGAACUCGGGGAAACCUUGGUAACGAAGGGUACCACGAAUGACAGUCUCGGCCUCUGGGAUGUCGUAGCGCUCCUUGUAGACGGUAGAGUCACGGUUGGGGUAGCAGACGAAAGCGUAGCCAGGGUAGAUGAAGUAGGGCUUAGCAGAGUCCAUCAAAUCGGGACCGUCAAUGGUGACAAGCUUACCAUCCUUGUAGAACUUGGCGCUGUUACGGAGAGCAAGCAAGACACCACGAGAGGACCAGGAGAACUUGUAUCCAAGAGGGUUGUUGGAGUCCUCGGGAGCGGGAAGGCCACCACAGUAGGAGAGGAAAGACUUGAUCUUGCCACCCUCGUUGUGAACCUCGGAAAUGGUCUUGAUGGCGUACAAGUGGUCCAAACCGGGGUCAACACCAAUCUCAUUCAUGCAAAUGGAGCCGGCCUUCUUAGCAGCCUCCUCGAGCUCGGCCAUUUGGGGGUUAACGUAACUCGUAGUGCAGACAUGCUUGCCGAACUUGAUGGCAGCCUUCAUAACGGCAGCAUGGUAGGUGUAAGGAAUCAAGCUGAUGACAAGGUCGUGUUGAGAAACAGCCUUCUCGAGAGCAGCCUCAUCCGAGACAUCCAAAGCAAUAGCCUUGGCGUUAGGAAUGUCACCGACAAAGGCUUGAGCCUUGGCCUGCGUACGGCAAGCAACGGUGAUUUGGUUUUCCUUACGGCGGGCCAAGUAGGCCAACGUAGGAUGAGCGACGAAUCCAGAACCCAAAAGCAGAAUGGAAGGCAUUUUGUGGGUGAGCUUAUUGUAGACGAAGAGAACACUUUUUAUGCACGUCUACUCGACAAAUUGGCCGCUAAGCCUGUGAUCGCUUACUAGGCUUGUCAGUCGCAUAUCAGCAGUCACAUUGAUGUUCGCAAAUUUUCUUGCCGACAGCGAAAAAGGUAUAAAUACGACUGGUGAUUACCGAAAUAGCAGCAUCGCGGAUCACCGUUUCCA